AUGGCAACCAUUAAACAAAUUGAUGGCCGCACGGUUCAUCAAAUACAAUCUGGUCAGGUUAUUGUUGACCUCUGCUCUGUUGUGAAGGAGCUUGUUGAGAACAGUGUCGACGCUGGCGCAACUAGUAUAGAUGUUCGUUUCAAAAAUCAAGGUCUUGACCUCAUCGAGGUGGCGGACAAUGGAAGUGGCAUUGCCCCUGCCAACUACCCGUCAGUAGCUCUGAAGCAUCAUACCUCGAAGCUUUCUUCAUACUCGGACAUAUCCACACUGCAGACAUUUGGCUUUCGCGGUGAGGCCUUGGCCUCCCUGUGCGCCCUGUCCGUCCUCACUGUGACAACAUGUCAAGCUGGCGAGGCUCCUAAGGGGAGCAAACUCAGCUUCGAACCCUCAGGAAAGCUCAGUGGGACGAUUGUUGUGGCGGCAUCCAAGGGCACGACUGUCUCAGUCGAGCGUCUCUUUCACAACUUACCGGUCCGGCGCCGAGAGCUUGAACGAAACAUUAAGCGGGAGUGGAACAAGGUAAUUGCCUUGCUCAAUCAAUAUGCCUGCAUCCAGACCAACCUCAAAUUUUCUGUGUCUCAACAACCUACCAAAGGUAAAAGGAUGCAACUUUUCUCUACCAAAGGAAAUCCAACCACUCGGGAUAACAUCAUCAACAUCUUUGGGGCAAAGACCAUGACAGUCCUGGUUCCCCUGGACCUGAAGCUCGAGAUGCAACCCUCGAAGGUCAGCCCUGCCUUGCAGUUAGAUGUAAAAGACUCGGCAAGCUCAAAGGAAGUCCGUAUCGUUGGCCACGUGUCGCGGCCUUCCCAUGGUGACGGGCGACAAACCCCAGACCGUCAGAUGUUUUUCGUCAACGGGAGACCCUGCGGUUUGCCACAAUUCGCCAAAGCAUUCAACGAAGUCUACAGAUCCUACAACGCCUCUCAGAGUCCCUUCAUUCUGGCCGACAUUCAACUUGAUACCCAUAUGUAUGAUGUCAAUGUCAGCCCCGACAAACGGAGUAUACUACUACACGAUCAGAACGAGCUUCUUGACAAUCUACGCACAUCUCUCACAGACUUGUUUGAUUCGCAGAACUACUCGGUCCCCACGGCACAGCUCCUGACACCGAAACCCAACCUCGAGAAACAGACCAACAGAGGCACACCCGCAGGGUCGCUCUCUGUACCUCGUAGCAACUCCCAUCAUGGCCCUCAAAAUGAUUCGGGAUCAGAAGACGAAGUUGGCGAACAUGAGAGCCCAGUAGUCAGAGUGCAAAUAGGCCAGGCAAGGACCAUCCGUGCGUCCAGGUCUUUGUCGAAAGACACGAGUGGCCAAAAUCUGAUUAGCGGUUGGGUGGAAAGGAGAGCAACGAGCCGAGCAGAAAAAACGAGCUAUGAAACACCCACGUCUCGACCCCAGGGUCGAUCAGAUUCAAAAGCGUCGGCCAGCAAACAAGAGGAGCCAAGUUUGUUCCUUGAAAGCUCCUCGGAUUCCUCAGAAAGCGACGAAAACGAUUUUGACAAACCCCUACCCGUCAGAGACUUCAAUAAACGGUUAAAGGAAAAGACCGCUACAAGAUCCAAAGCUACCACCGAGGCUAUUAGUUCUUCACCAGCAGUCGAAGAUGAGCCUCGAAUUCCUGCCGUCCAGCCCCUGAGACGUAGGCAGGACGACCAUCACCACGUCAGCCCGGUACGAUCGACCCAAAGAGGGGCAGUCCCAGAAGUCACUACAGUCAUCAUUGGGAACGAAAGAGUGCAAGAUCCCACUAGUCCCCUGCCCGACGUGGAUGAGAGGGAAGCAGCCGACGCUGAAGAGAUGGAGAUUGAUGAGCCAAAGCCAUCAUUUGGAAACAGGUUGACCCAAAUAUUUGCUGCUGGAAGCAAAUUGGCUACGGAUCGCAGAGUGCCGCUCCAAGAUGGCUCGGAUGAUGAAAGCGUUGAAGAUUCUAGACCUGAACCUGAACCUGAUUCUGACGAUGAGGAUGGGGAUGGGGAUGGGGAUGGCAUCAAAAACCGCGACACACCCGGGCUACCCAACGCGUCAAGUGAUCGCGGAGAGGACCGCGAGUUGGACGAUCAACCCCAGAAUCCAUCGCUCACAAGCCCUCUUGCACCCAUGUCCAGCGAAAUCUUGACAGCGGAGCAGAAAAGUCAACCUCUCAAGGCCGGUGUACGCAAAAAGGAUGCAACAUCUCAGAUUCUCCAGCACCUUCGGACGAACGAACGAUCGAUCAGAUCGCAAAUGGCAAGUUGGGCUGGCCACCUCCCAAUGGACAGCGGUCAUUCAUCAAGUGAGGGCGAAGUGACAGAUCUCGGUGCAGCCGAUGCCGAAGAAAAGCUCUCUCUCACUAUUGCUAGGAAAGACUUUUUGAAGAUGAGAAUUGCUGGGCAGUUUAAUCUGGGUUUCAUCAUUGCAAUCCGGCCGGCACAAGCGAGAUCCGAUGAUGAACUUGAGCUGUCAGAGCAUGACGAGCUGUUCAUCGUUGACCAGCACGCGACUGACGAAAAGUACAACUUCGAAAGACUGCAACAAGCUCAAACUGUGCAAUCACAGCGACUGGUUCAUCCGAAACGGCUCGAGCUGACCGCUCUUGAAGAAGAGAUCGUGAUGCAGAACAUCUCAGCCAUCGAGGCCAACGGCUUCAAGGUCCAUGUCGACAUGAGUGGUGACGAGCCCGUUGGCUCACGAUGUGAAGUCUUGGCUCUUCCCAUGAGCCGCGAGGUGACUUUCACCCUCACAGAUUUCGAGGAGCUAAUAGCCCUCCUCGGAGAAGAGUCGUCCGAGUCGAAACAUGUACCUCGGCCUUCCAAGGUCAGGAAGAUGUUCGCCUCAAGAGCAUGUCGGAGCAGUGUCAUGAUCGGCAAGCCCUUGACACAGGGGCAGAUGGAGACACUGGUUCGUCACAUGGCCGACUUGGACAAGCCCUGGAACUGUCCUCAUGGACGCCCUACUAUGAGGCAUCUGUGUCAGUUGGACUCCUGGGACGGGAGAGGUUGGAAGGCAGACCAAGCACCAAUAUCUUGGCGAUCAUACGUCGAUGAAUAG